GUAUUCGUAUAAAAGAGAGAAUGCCGGCACGUUGGUCAUUUACUUGAUCCGCCUGCCAAAGAUUUAAUUCCACCAUGAAGUUACUUGUACUUCUCGCUGCCACUUUGGCCCUGGGUUCCGCCGGCCGGGUCGAACCCUCCCUCAAAUUCGGCGUCGAAUCCGGCACUGUCACCGAAGCCAUCCUCGAACUCCCACAAAUUAUGGAUUCCCUAAAUUCCAAGCAGGCGCUCCAAUCCCUCACCGGUGACGCUAAAGUAUCCGCACUAAUCUCCACCCUGCAGGGCCUCACCUCCGCGGCGCAGGCGCCCUUCGUCUCCGUCGCGGCGUCCCUCGGCCUCCAGACGCAGCAAUUCUGGGCGUCCAACAUCAUCCUGAUAAGCAACCUAACUCCCGAUAAGCUCGCCUCCCUUGCAUCCACCCCGGGCGAAUUCACCCUCCGCGUCCAACACACCGCUUACGUCGAUUCCAUCGUCCACGGGCCGACCAACAUUACGCAAAACGUGCAAUGGGGCGUGGCCCGGAUCCGCGCGCCGGCCGCUUGGACGCGCACGACCGGGGAAGGCAUCGUCGUCGGGAUUAUCGACACCGGCGUGAACGUUGGCCAUGAGGCGCUCGCCGGCGGUUACGCCGGGGCCUGGUCGGACCCCUAUUACGGCACUGCCGGCCCAACGGACGUGCACGGGCAUGGAUCCCACUGCGCGGGAACGAUUCUAGGACGCGCGAACGGUGUCGGGGUCGCGCCUGGGGCAAGAUGGAUCGCCUGCCGAGGAUUGAACAGUCAAGGCGGGGCGACGGAGAGUACCCUGACGCAUUGCGCGCAAUGGAUGCUAGGCGCUAAUCCGCGCCCACAUAUUGUUUCAAACUCGUGGGUGUAUGGAUCCGGAACGGGGUGGUACAACCCGCAAAUCGCGGCUUGGCAACAGGCCAAUAUUACCCCGGUUUUCGCGCUCGGCAACGCGGGACCUGGCUGCCGAACGGCGCAAUCGCCGGGAGAUCAGCUGAACGUGAUAUCGCUCGGGGCGACGACGGAUACUGAUGCGGUGGCGAGUUUCUCCUCCAGAGGGCCGACCGCGCAGGGAUAUAUCGCGCCAGAUUUUACGGCGCCGGGAAAUUUGAUUGUUUCGGCCGGGACUGGGGCUAAUAAUUACGUCACGAUGUCCGGAACUUCAAUGGCCACCCCACACGCGGCUGGAGCAGUUGCCCUCAUCCGAGCGGUCAACCCGGGUUGGAGUUUCCAACAGAUUUGGGACGCCAUUGAGGUCGCGGCAGCCGCGCCACCACUGACCAACGCUGACCGAAAUUGCGGACUCCCCUUCCCCCCGAGCGACUGGCCAAAUUAUGCCUUUGGUUUCGGACGUAUUGACGUCGGUCGGGCGAUUGGCGUGUAAAUUUGUUAUUUGUUCACGUUUAAUAAAAAAUCUACUACAAAAUAUACCCAAA